AUGGGAAGUAUAAAUAAUAAGAAAACAGAAUCAUACGAUGAAAGUAAAUGGACACAAAAUGAAAUAAAUGAUGCUGGUAAUUUAAAAAAUUAUGAUUUAUUACCUACUUAUAAUUUAGAAGAAAUGUUAAUAUCAAAUAGAACAACGGAAAAUGAAAAUGAAAAUGAGAAUGAAGAAAUGACAGGAGAAUUUUUUUCCUCUUCAGAGUUUUCUAUAAAAAUGUGUGACAAAAAUGCAAAAUAUAUGGAAAAUGAUAAUGAUAAUUUACUUAAUAAAAGUAUAAAAAAAUAUAAUACAAAAGAUGAAAUAAAUGAAUAUGAAAGUCAGGGAAAUUUUCAAAAUGAAAAGGAGGAUAAUAUUUACUAUAAAGAAGAUGAAGAUAAUAAUGAUAAUAAAAUAUAUUCUAAUAAUAUAGAAAAUAAGAAUAUAAAAAAUGAUUUCUAUAAAAAUGUGGAAAAUAAAAAUGAAGUCAUAGAAACAAAUAAUGAAAUAAAUGAAAAUAUGAAAAUAUUCAUAAAUAAUAUAAAAAAUAAUAUUGAAAAUGAGGAUUUUACAAAGAAAUGUUAUGAUGAAAAAAAGUUAUCUCCAUUAUAUAAAAACAAAUUAGAAAAUUUAAAUGAAUCUUUUAAUGGAAUAAAAGAGCAAAAUUUUAGCUCAGUUGAUGAAUUAAUGAAAGAUAUAAAACUUUUUAAUAAUUCUAUGCAGUCAAUAUCCUCAACAAAUAAUAUGUCAUUUCAUAAAAAUUUAUCAAAAAUGUAUUCUGGAUUAGCUUCUAGUAAAAAUUUAGAAUCUCUUAAUAAUCUUUAUAAAGAUUCCCUUUGUAAUAACAUAGAUAAAGAAAAUUCUAAAAAAUGUUCCUUACAAAAUGAAUUAAAAGAAAAUGAGGAAAAAGGUAUUUCAAAUGAGUCUAUUGAAAGGAAUUCCUUAAAAAAUUUUAAUACAACUAUGAAUUAUCUGAGCAAAGAAUUUCUAUAUGAUCUAUCAAAAAGUAAAUGUAAUUCUAAUGAAAUGGAUGAAUUAUGUGAAAUAGACAUAGAAAAAAAAAAAAAUAUAAAAGAUAAUGAAGUAAACAAAGUAAAAUUAAAUAUAAAUGAAAUAAGCCCAUUAAAUUUAAAAAGAAGUGAAGUAAAUAAUAUUUCUUCUAACCAAUGGGAUAAGAUGAAGAAGAGUUUUUGUGAUAUUGAAAAUAAUUUAAUAGAUUUAAAUAAGUUAAAGCUAGAAAACUGUGAAAAAAAUAUACAUAAAACUGGUAAUGAAGAUAUUUUAAUAAAAGAAAAAUCUCCUAAUUUAAAUUAUAUGAAUAGUGAUUUUUCAAAUUUAAAUUAUGUUAAUAGCGAGUUUCCAAGCUUAGAUUAUACAGAAGUUGAUUCACAAAAAUUAGAAAUAGCAAAAAAUAACUCACCUAAUUUUAAUUAUGCAAAAAAUAACUCACCUAAUUUGAAUUAUGCAAAAAUUGAUUCACCUAAUUUUAAUUAUGCAAAAAUUGAUUCACCUAAUUUGAAUUAUGCAAAAAUUGAUUCACCUAAUUUGAAUUAUUUGAGUAAUGAUUCACCUAAGUUUAAUUUUUCAAAAAAUAAUUCACUAAAUUUUAAUUAUAUAAAUAAUGAUUUACAAACUAAUUUAGAUUUAGCAAAAAUUAGUACUCCAGUUUUACAGUCAACGAAUAACAAGACACCAAAUUUAAAUUUCACAAAAAUUGAUUCUCCUAGUUUAAAUUUUUCAAAAAAUGAUUUAUCAUAUUUAAAGAUGCCAAAAAAUGAGUUAUCAAAAAUUGAAUCAGGUAAAUUGGGGGGUAAUGUAAAAAUGAAAUCUCCGAAGAGUAUUAACAAAAUAUGCAAUAAAGCAGUAAUAGGUUCUCCUAAAGGAAUAAAAAUAAAAAGCAAAGUUAAUGAAAGUGUAAAAACACCAAAAAUGAUGAAAAGAAAUAGUGAUAAUAACACAAUAAAAAUAGACAAUAAAAUAAAUGCUAAUACAGCGAAUAAUAUUUCUCAUACACAAAAUAUUACGAAUAUUUCUAAUAAUAUAAAUGCAUAUGGGAAAAUAAAACAGAAUGAGAAAAAUGCUUUAGGUGAAAAGGAUAUAACUUAUAAUAUGAAUGUUGUAAUAAGGUGUAGACCAAUGAGUGUAACUGAGAAAAAUGAUGGUGCAAAGAAUGUAAUAAAAAUUUUAGACAACAAGAUGGUAGUGUUACUAGAUCCAUCAGAUAAUUCUGAUAAUGUAUUGAGACAAAAUAGAAGUAGAGAGAAAAAAUAUGUUUUUGAUUAUGCAUUUGAUGAAAAUAGUUCUCAAGAAGAUGUAUAUAAUAAUAGUGUAAAAUGUUUAAUUGAUGCUGUAAUUAAAGGAUAUAAUUCUACUGUUUUUGCUUAUGGUGCAACAGGUGCUGGAAAAACUCAUACUAUUAUUGGAUAUAAAAAUGAGCCAGGAAUUAUGAUGAUGAUAUUAAAAGAUUUAUUUGAGAAAAUAAAAAGUUUAGAAGUGAUGAAUGAAUAUAAAGUAAAAUGUUCUUUUAUUGAAAUAUAUAAUGAAAAUAUAUGUGAUUUAUUGAAUCCAUCUAGUGAAUACUUAGAUUUAAGAGAAGAUCCAAUAAAAGGAGUUACCGUUUCUAACAUUUUUGAAGUGUGUACAACAUCAGUCGAAGAAAUAAUGGAGCUUAUUCAUACGGGAAAUAGGAAUAGAACACAAGAACCAACAGAUGCCAAUAAAACAAGUUCAAGAAGUCAUGGGGUAUUACAAGUAAUAGUAGAAGAAACAGAAAAAGGGCAAGGCAUUUAUCAACAGACAAAAAGAGGCAAGUUAUGUGUUAUUGAUUUAGCUGGGAGUGAAAGAGCUAGCCAAACUAAUAAUAAGGGAAUGAGAAUGUUAGAGGGAGCAAAUAUUAAUAGAUCCUUAUUAGCUUUAGGUAAUGUAAUAAAUGCAUUGGUAUUAAGAAGUAAGGGAACAAGUAAAUCGAAUUUCAUUCCAUUUCGUGAUAGCAAAUUAACUAGAUUGUUAAAAGAUUCAUUAGGAGGAAACUGCAAAACUGUUAUGAUAGCUAAUAUUAGCCCAUCUCAUUUGUCAUAUGAAGAUACUCAUAAUACUUUAAAAUAUGCAAAUAGAGCAAAAAAUAUAAAAAAUAUUGUAACAUCUAAUUCAAUUGUUGUUAAACAUCAUCUUACCAUGUAUAUUGAUGUUAUUGAAAAAUUAAAAAAUGAAAUAGAGUUUUUAAAAGAACAAUUAAAUGAAAAAGAAAAAAUGAAUGAAUAUAUGAGUACUAAUUCUACAAAUUAUGAUUAUUAUGAUCAAAUAAAGGAUUAUGAUAAAAAUUAUUCUAAAGAAGAAUUAAUAAAUAUUAUAUGUAAUUUAAAAAAGGAAAAUCAGAAAUUAAAAUUAUGUGACCAUAAUGAUAAUAAUAAUAAUAAUAAUGGUAAUCACAAAUUAUGUGAUGAUAACUAUAAUGAAUAUUCUUUAGAUGACAUUUCUAGAUAUAAAGAAGAAAUGACUAAUUUAAAAUUAAUGAAUGAAAAAUUAUUUAUGGAUAAUAAAAAUUUUCAAGUAAAAUUACAAGAAUAUUUACAAAUUUCUCAAAAUUUAAAAUCAUUAAAUGAAGAAUAUAAAAAACAAAUUGAUGGAUUUAAAAUUAUGAUUUACAACCAUGAUAUUAAUCACAUUCAGAUAAAAAAAAAAUUAGACGAUUUAAAAAAAAAAUAUGCUCAAUUAAAGGAAAAUACUGAUGAUAAAGAAAAUGAUGAUAUUUUUGAAAAAUGGAAAAAUGAAUUGACAAAACUUUUAAACGAAAGAAAAAAAAUUAAAAUGAUUAUUUUAGAUAUAGAGAGAAAACUAAUUGAAAAUAAUGAAAUGAGCUUAAAAAAAAUUUCAGAUGAUGAUAUAAAAAUAUUGCAAGAAAAUAAGGAUAAGUUGGAUUAUCAGUUGAGAAAUAAUAUUUCUCAAACAAAUAAUUUAAUUAAAGAAUUACCAAUUAAAAUAAAAGAUGAAAAAAUGAAAAAUUUUUUAUAUUUAUUUUAUACUAAUAAAGUAUUAUUACAAGAAAAAGAAGAACUACAAGAGUUUUUUGAAUUAUCAUCAACUAUAAUUGGUCAAAAAGAAAGACAAAUUGAGGAUUUGAAAGAUCAACUUAAAAUGAUAGAUGUUUCUGCUAUAUCAAAAAAAUAA